GUUAUCGAUUAAUGGCAUUGCGCAAUCGCGCAUUCUGUAAAUGCCCAUCGCUCCAUUUCUUUCACCGCGUCUGGCAAUUAAAAGGCGCUUUUCAUUUUCUUUUGGGAAAGUUAUCAAGCUAUGUAUAUAUUCGUUACAAUUCGCUUCGGUUAUUAUCGAAAAAUGAAGAAAACGCCGAAAGGCCACAGAAACUUUCAUAGUGGUCGUAACUUUUUCCCCAUCGGCCAAACGACAUUUGAAGUCAAUUGUCGUCGCGUCGUGCAGAAAAAGCGCUCUAGGUAUAUAAAUAAAUAAAAUUAAAUGAAUACUAACAAUUGAAACAAACGCACUGCCACAAAGCAGCAAAAGAAACAUGCACCAUUCCCCCUCCAUACAUCUCUUUUUUCGAAUGACAUGCUACGCAUGAGCAGUCAACGCAACUUUUCAGCGAAAGUGACUGAACGAGUUCCAAUUGUCCACGGCCGACGCUCCAAACGCCUUUAUCGGUGCGGUGGCCAACAAUUAAGUGGCCUGCCGUAAUAUGUGGCUGCCAAAAUAAAUGAAAACCAAUUGCCUGCGGGACUGCUACCUGCUGCCGAAAAGCACGUUUAUUUUCUAAAAAGAUAUGUACUUACAUAGCUAGCCAGAAUCCUAGCAACCACUGCCGGUCAUGGCAACCGAUGCCUGUUUAUUUAACUCUGUUCCCACUCUUCAGUUGUCAUCAACGAAACGAAUCGGAAAAACGUGUCUUCAAAUUUCCUAGAAUUUUUAAAAGGUGUACAAGAAAAAAUGGUGAACUUUGUGUAUCCGGAGGAAAUGUAUCUCUUUGUGGAGAGCAUUCGUCCAUUUGAGGUGCGCGAGGUGGGCAGCUCGAAGUGGCUGGAGGUGCACGAGAUGGUCCUCAGGCUGAGCCAGCAGGCCGCCCUGGAGCUGUCCCAGAAUCGCGAGGAGGAGGUGAAGGAGUUCCUCAUCUCGCGCGACAAGUUGCGCGUGCUGAUCCACGAAGCCUAUUGCGUAACCCUGUGGAAGACCCGUGUUCUGCCGCAUCUGCUGGAGAUUGAUCCCAAUCCGCAGGCCACGUUCCUUAUUUACACGGUGCUCUAUCAUGAGGCUGCUUUGGUGGCUUUACUCGAUGUGUGCCUGUACCAUCCCAGUGGCUGUGAGACGCUGCAGGAGUCCGUGCUAGAUUUGAUUGACUAUUGCGCCCAGGCCGUUUCCCAGGUCAUUGGCUUGGUCAGCAUGGGUUACCACGAGAAUGAGACAAAGCUGGACGUGGAUGAGGCAGUGCUCACGGAGCUGGAGCGCCAAAAGCGCGACUUUAUCUAUAAGAUUGGGUUGCGCUGCAUCUCAGUGCUGAAUUACAUAGCGGACAAUGUGGCUUUGUUUCAUCUGAGCGCCGCACGUCGCUUACUGGUGACUCAUGACAUCCCGUGGCUCAUGACAGAUGUGCUUUGCUUCUGCCCGUGGCAGAGGAAGACCAGCAAGGGGAUGCAGAAGUUCAUCGAGGAGAAGUGGACCAAUGUGGACGACGUCACCAAGAUUGUCAAGCCAGAGGCGCAGGCCUGGUUUUGUGUGCGCCAGCUGCUCCUAAACGCUCAGAUCAUGGAUAACUACGUAUUCAACGAGGCACGCUGCAAGCAGUUGAGCAAGCUUUUGGGUCUCAUGCACGAGACUUUGCUGGACCAGCUGCCACCGCUUAUAGAGCUGAAGGUGUUCCUCAGCCGGAUGACGCUAAGCGGCAAUACAGCCAAGUCGCAGCCGCUAUUGCUGGAGGACAUUCCCCAGAUACAGGAGGAUCUGCUGAAGGAUGUCGAGGAAUGUGGCGGCUUCUAUCAGAUUGCCCAGGAUCAGGACGCGGUGUUUCUUAGCAAAAACAAGGAAAGCAUCUGCGCUUUGGCCACUCGUCUAAGCAAAGCAUACGGCACGGACUUGCUCUGUGAGCUGGAGCAGAAUUUAGAAGAUCUUAAUAUGGGCGAAGAAAAGGCUGCCGAGGCUGGUGGCGAUGGGAAUGCUGAUCACACCUGCGCCACUUGUCAGGCGAAGGCCAAAAAGAAGUGUGCCAGUUGCAAGAAAGUGCACUACUGCACCCGUGAUUGUCAGCUCAAGGAUUGGCCACAGCACAAGCUCGUUUGCCUUAAAAACGACUUCUAGCCCAGCUAAUAUACAAAAUAAUCGUUUCAGUAGAAUAGAACAUUCCAAAAAUGU